AUGUCGCUUACUAAAGAUCCAUCCUUGGAACUUGGCUCGCAAGCUUGGCUCAUGCUCGAAGACGGCGAGAGCUCUGAUUCGCUCGGGAGCUACUCGAGCAGUCUUCUUCCUUUCUUCUCCAACCACAUCUGCCCCGGUGAGAACAGGGAGGCACUCUCUGUUGUCAAGUAUGGGGCAGUCUGCGUUCCCAGCGCCUCGGUGCUCAGCUUCGAGCAAGAAGACAGGGACUGGAUGGACGCCAUCGAUCAAAGUUGCAAACUUGAUACCAAUUCUAGGAUCGUUCAUGAGCAGGACAGCUUUGGGUUUACGUACCCAUCUGCUCCUGAAAAGAGACAAUGCAAGGAGUGCGUUGCGGUUAUCGUGUUGCAGGAUUCGUGCGAGAUGCCGAGUCCGAAGAAGCAGUGCAGCAGAAAGAUGAAAGAGAAGUCGAUCAGUCCGUCCAAGGAUUCACAGAGCGUAGCAGCGAAGAACCGGAGGGAGAGAAUUAGCGAGAGACUGAAAAUCCUACAAGAACUUGUUCCCAAUGGCACCAAGGUUGAUAUGGUGACCAUGCUGGAGAAAGCAAUUAGCUAUGUGAAGUUUCUGCAGUUACAAGUGAAGGUGUUAGCAACUGAUGAGUUUUGGCCAGCGCAAGGGGGAAGAGCACCAGACAUAGGGCAAGUAAAGGAAGCCAUUGAUGCUAUCUUAUGCUCUCAGAGAGACAGGAACUCCAGCUCCAAGCUCUAA